AUGGCCUCCAACAACAAAACUCCUCCCGACCCAAUCAUCUCCUCUGCCCACACCCUCCUACCACAGAUUCCUCGUCACCGGAAACAUCGAAAUCCCGGCAUUGCCAUCGCUUUCCGCCUCAGAGGUUCACACAACAAAAAACACUCUGCACGUGACAACACUUCCCCUGUCAAUUUUUGGAAAGGAUCUCCGAAAAACGAGAUUUCAGCGAGGAACCUCGCUGCAGAGUGGUGGCAGUGGCAGUUUAUGACCGGUGACGUGUUCCCAUGUGCAUCACCGUUGCCUUCGUCUAGGUUUCAGCUUGCUAACGGGAUAAAGCCCACGUUUCGUCAUUCUCACAAUUCUGGAGAAAAACUAAAAGAGAGAAAAGAUGAGAAAAUGAAGUCAAUAACCAUUUUGCGUUCAAGAAAUGGACUUCGCCGAGAGCUUGAAUCUUCAAUGCAAUGUCUCAAGUGUUCAAAAGAAGUGGCAACAAAAUCGAACCCUGCCCUUAAAGAUGAAAAAUCCAACAAGUCUAAGCAUCUUGAAGACAAAGAAAUUGGUGGUCACCAUUACUUUGGCAUCACUAAUUUGCUAGAACUCCUACGCUCUCAGAGGGCCAUCAAUGAACUUAAAGCCACACAGAAGUCCUCCAAGAAAAUAGUGGAACAAUUGUCGCAGAAUGUUGAAGACAAUAGGGUCUUCCACAAGUGUAGAGAAUGCAAGAAGAGUGAAACGGUGUUAGAUGACUUAAAAGACAAGUUGUCAAGGGAAAAAAGAAGUAGAGAAAGGACGGAGUUAUUGAAUGCCAAAUUGGUACAUGAAGUGGCUAAAACCAAGAUAUCUUCGAAGCAGUGCAUGACAAACUACAGUAAAGAAAAGAAAAAAAGAAAAAUGUUAGAGGAAGUGUGUAAUGAAUUAGCCAUGCAAGUGAGAGAAGACACGGUUAAACUUGAGGGGUUGCUAAGCGAUUCCGUGAAGAUUUGCAAGGAAGUGAAAGAAGAGAGGGAGAUGAUGGAAAUGGCUGAGCUAUGGCGAGAAGAACGUGUACAGAUGAAGCUAGCUGAUGCACAGAUUUUACUUGAAGAUAAAUAUAACGAGAUGGUCCAGUUGAUUGCUUUUCUCCAAGUGUUCUUGAGAUCAAGGGGUGCCGAGAUAGACACCACUGAACUAGAGGACGCUCAGUUUAUCAAACAGAUAGUUGAAUCGGUGAGUAUUAAACGCAUUGUGGAGCUUUCAUAUGAUUUCUCGAAGUCAGAUGUUGCAGUUGAAACAUUCGAGGAGCUAAUUGGAAAAGACAACACUGGUUCCUAUACAGCAUUUACUAGCCCCUUGUCCAACAUACACAUUGAAAGUCUCGAUGAAGUGCAGAAUAGAAGUCCUAAACAUCAUACAAGUCCUUGCAGUGAUUAUAAUAUUGGCUUAGAAGUAGCUAAUUCGAUGGAACCUAUUGGGGUUGAUUUUAAGCAAGAAAAGGAUAUAUUUGGUUGUGAAGAAGAAUGUAGUGAAAAGGCGUGUCUGGAAUCUUUGAAGACAGGAAUUAAUGGGGUGUGUUCCGCAUCUGUGGGAAACUUAAAGAGGAAAGCUUUUCUUACUUCUAAACAACUAAAGUCGUGCCUCAACGGUGGAAUAACGAUUUCGUCGUCAAAAUCGUGUCGGUAUAAAAGGGUAGGUGAUGGUUGGCACAAACAAAAGGAGUGGAAGCAUAGAAUUGGAAGAAGCCCUAUUCAGAAUGCAGGGAGUAGUUCUCAGUGUGAAGAUUGCGGUGAGGGUAGCUUCAAACCCUCGGAGGUGUUGGAACAAGGAAACUGUGCAUACAAUAACAUGAACCCACACAUAAUCCGUGGGAUGAGAGGGUGCACAGAAUGGCCACCACGUCUUCAAAAACGAUAA